GCUCCUGCUCUUCUUUCUAGUAUAGAUUCUUCAGCUCAUUGCUUGUCGUAUUUGUCUAGCACCGUACCAAGGAAGCCACAAUUAGCAUGGCUUAUUAUAAUACAUUAGUGCUACUGACGAUUUUUAUUUUCUCUGGUGGAUUCCAUCAGGCACAAGGCACACAUGGGGAAGCGGAUUCCAAGUGUCCUCUGAUGGUGAAGGUUCUGGAUGCUGUGAGGGGAAUCCCAGUAGCCAAACUGCCAGUGAAAGUGUUUAAACAGAAUGAAGAUAAGAGCUGGGGUCUGAUCUCUUCUGGAACUACGUCAUCUGAUGGGGAAAUCCAUAACCUCAUUACUGAAGAACAGUUUGUAGAAGGAAUUUAUAAGCUGGAAUUUGCAACUAAACGAUAUUGGAGCAAGCUUGGUCUAUCGCCAUUCCAUGAAUAUGUUGACGUUGUGUUUACUGCGAAUGAUGCUGGACACCGUCACUACACCAUCGCUGUGCUCCUUACUCCAUAUUCCUUCUCUACAACUGCUGUGGUCAGCGAUCUCAAGGAAAUCCAUGCUUAAUUUAUGACGAGCCAUCUUUGCUUAUUACACGUGUUAUGUUUUGUAGCUUUUGUUAUUGUUUUGUAUCCUUUCAAACUCUAAUUCCAGGUUUAGGUUAUGUUAACCAUGGUGUUAAAUAAAGUUUUCUUCACAUGACAAACAGAUAA